AUGCUUGUGCUUGGAAGAACAUCAGUCGCACCUCCUGCACCGGUCAAUACGUUAAGUUUAAAAAGUGAGAAUCGUGUGCAUAAUAAUGUACAUGGGAGUCUCGUACCUGCAGGUUCUAAUUGGGCUGAGAAUACGGAAGAGAUGUUGGAAAAGGAAGUAUCAGAGGACGUAUCACAUGCAGACCAUGUAGCGACAGUGACGGCAGUCUCAGAUAAGGUGUGGACACGUCAAAGUGUUGCUGAACAUCUUCAUCCGUCAAGUUCGACAGUAUCAAUUGCAAACUCUGGGCGGUGGGGAGAUGAUGCAGUAGAGAACGACAUUGCGCGAGGACAAACAGACUGCAAGCAAAAGGGACAAGCUAAAGCGCCGGCUUUGAAGUCGAAAAAUGUGAGAGCCGAACGUAAGAAGGCAAGCUUGACUCCUGUCGUUGACGAUACAGACUCCAAUCUCAGGCAAAUGGUUACCGUAGCAAUCGAGCAAGACUCUGUUCUCAAGAGCGCUGCGUGCACCAGCGAGACAUCAUGUGCGACAUUGUUGAAUGCUGUAGAACUGACGUCCCGCAAAGCAAACGUUAACGUGGCUUCCAAGGGUAACAGGACUAAGUGCGAUGAUAAGCGUGUGACAGCAAAGCAGUCUUGUCGACAAGAGAAGAAGCCGCGGGAAAUAAAGCCUUUGCGUCGUUCGACCUCCCGGACUAAGCGACAGCAUCGCAACGUACAUUAUAACACGGCUAUGAAUGUGCGUGGCUCUUUGACGCUAAGUAGUGGUAAGACGGCUGAUCGCAGCGCCCCAACGAAGUGCGAUCGAGACGAGGCAGGGAGUAAGAAGCCAACCCAGCUCAAGACUAAUGCGAAGGAGGGAGAUAGGCAGACGCCGAAUAUGGAUUUUGGAGCAACUGCCUUGCCGACGUAUACUGCGGAUGGAUCCAACGGUUGCGAGGAACAAGGUGUCGUGGUUUAUCGAGAGGAUGAUGAUGGUUUUGAGACGGUCAAGUCUCGGCGAGCUCUGAUGUUGGAGAAAAAACGACUUCGUGAACGAAUAAUGGCCACAAUGGCAGAUGCAUCUGUGCUUGGUGAAACGACGCUAUUGAAGGAGAAUGCAAAUGUGCAGCGCGAAAAAGCUCACAAAAACAUGGACAUGGCGGUAAAGGCAUCCAAAGUAGCUCCGGCACAGUCUGCUUUGAGCCCACAUGAGAAGGCGGCCAAUUCACGUCAGAGGAAUAUUGACAAGGUGAUCAAGGACAGAAACUUGAAGCAUUCGAAGGAGACGACGACGCGCACACGUGGACAAAAGAAGGAGAAGAAGCCAGCAAAGACAAAGGUUUGUAUUGGUACGAGUGAUAUUAAAUCGCCUGAGCAAGUGGCUUUAGUGUCUCGUAAGCAGGUUAUUAAAGAAGUCUCAAUGGAGGUCUUGUAUUCAAAGAAGAGUACGAAAGCGACGGAAGCGUCGAUGAAACGGAGGAAGACAAAGAGACAGAGCGACCAAGUGCGAGACGAUUUUGAUUCAGAUCGUGAAUGA